UGUAAGUAACGAAUGCAGUCUGUGCAGUCUACCGGGUACUUUAGUUUUCGAAAAUCUGACAGCUUGCCUGUAAUUGCGAGGGAAAUUGGCGAUGAAUGCUGAUUGAGCAUCUCACCGUUCAGCAACACCCGUUACCCGUAGCAAGCAACGAAAUGGCUUCUGGAACGGCAGCAGAGUCAGUCCAGUCGGAGCCAGUCGUGGCACUGCCAGCCACGCGCUCCUUGAUUAAAACCGGCGACCUGAUCCUGGCAUGUGAUCCCUGGGUGUGGUGUUUGCAGUGGGAGCGCUACGACACGACCUGUGCGUACUGCGGCAGUGAACCGCAGAAACUGUUCAAGUGUGCAGGAUGUAAACUGCAUCGUUACUGCGGAGAAAAGUGCCAGGUUGCCGACUGGAAAACAGAGCACAAACGAGAGUGCUGUGCUCUCAAAGUGGUAGCCCAUCAAAUCAGAGAGGUGCUGCGAUCACAUACGUGCGACUCGUGUCACAAACUAAUCCUUACCGAUGGUCCGCUGAUAUCUGGCAGCGCGAGUGCCAUCCUGAUGGCCAAGAUUAUGACAAAGGUCAAGUUAAACGGGGUGGAUGAGCUUCCUGGACUGGAAGGCAAGUCCCCACUGGAGAUAUUCGAAUCGUUCCCGAAGCACCCCAAACUUGCUGUGCUGAGUGACGUAUUUCGCGAGAUGUGUCCGGCGUUUAUACAGUUGGUAGCGCAGUUCGUUCCGCCGUUAUUUCCCAACGUGUAUGAGUGUCUGGGCAUGCUGCACAACAACAACUUUCAUAUCCAUGGUCAGGGUCCAAGAGAAUUCUUAUUCGGCAAUGCACUAUUUCCGCACGUUCCUCUACAAAACAUGAAAGCGGUAUGCUGGAAUAGCAACGUGAUCCCGUACUUUCGAGGCAGACGACUGUACCUCUGGGCAACUGCUGACCUUCCUGACUAUACCGGACUUCAAGAUCUAACAUACACGGACCAGAUGAUUCGUUAUUUCCAAUAUACAGCAGCGCAGCGCCGGGAAGUUUUUGCACGAACCAACGGAAAUCGUACUUGUAACUGCGGUAAAUGCACAGCAACAUUUGAGGCGGAUAUAAAUCCGUUAAAAUGUAUCACAGUCGGAUGUUCUGGGCGGAUUCCUGCUGAUAGCCGGGCUCUUAAGCCGUGUGCACACUGCGGGGUUAUUAAUUCCGAGCACUUGAGCAAGUUUUGCGACUUUAUGCACAAAUAUGACCUUAUAUGGAAAAACGCUCCCGAUGGGAACGAUGCUGACGCUGCCAAAUUUCAACUGCUACGGACAAUCGACACCGCCGGAAUUCUGCACGGUGAUGCUCAUAUGCUCUUUGUAUGCGGAUUUCAGCAAGUUGUAAAGAACGGACAAGCCGAGAAAGACUGGAAAUUUGUUCAUGAUCUGGUUCCAUGUGUUCGUGCCAUAUUUCCGCGAUAUCACAUUUGGCGGGCGCACUGCUUGACAAACGCAGCAGUGUACUCCGCAAACGGUCUGCAUGCGAUUUUUCGCGUGAACGUCGGUCUCCGCUCAGCGAUAUUGCCGUUGAUACUGGACGCGUACAGUUGGUCCGAGGAAGCGGUGGACAUUUAUGGGAAACUGUGCGGAGAGGAUGCGUUGUUGACCAGAAUGGCGGUGGGUCAAAAAGGUAUAAUUAAAGACAAGUUAGACAACAUCAGGAAGUGUGAGUGCGGAGGAUUAAUCCCUGAAUAGCUUGUACUUGUAAGUGUCUCGUUUGUUCCUUGUGUUCAUGCUUCCAUCUAAGGGUUCGAGCAGUGCUAAUCAAAUAGAAAUUGAUGUGAGCAAGAGUUUGUUAGUCCGGGUGUUUUAGUUCUAAUGGUGAAAGUACCUUUGGAUUACUUUUAUUGCCGUUAUGAUUAGUUAUUAACCUAUCUGAUGGUAUUUACUCGUAGUUUGUUGUAUAACUGUUAGUCAUAUCACAUUCUGUUGCCGGUUUAAAUCUCGCCGACCGUUCACGGACGCCACGUUUGAAAGUUUAUUUUUCUGUUAGUUCCGUCAUUUUAAGGUCAUAUUUGGCUUUUUUCCCUGAGAUAUGAAGAGUGGCACUAGCGUGAUGAUUGAUAGUGACAUUG